CUGAACACUUGUUGAUAUUGGGUUCAAGUGUAGAAUUUGAAAAUUAAUUCUGAAUGAGAACAAUUGCAACGAGCCAAGUUCAGCGAUUUCUUAGUAGUAAAGGGAAUUCAGUAUUUAAAAAAUAAGAAUAAUAAUAUCUAGUAAACCGUACUUUGAAAGUUGGAUGCAAAAGAAAACAUUUGCCGAUGAUAAAAAAUCAACUCUGUUCAUCUUGAAAUUUCCAGCAAAUAGUGAUCCGACAACGGCUUCAUUGUUGAAGGAGAGUCCGGUAAAAGCACAGGUACACGGAAGAUGAUAAGGGACUCAUAAAAAUCGAAAAGGGUAUACGAUAGAAAAGAAAUUUUAUAGCAAUCCGAAAGUUGGCUGUAAAGAACACCACUUUGCCCAUAAAUAGUAAAAAAUAAAAGACUCUUGUCGCCUGAAUUUUUAUAAAGCAAAUUUUUCUUCACACUCUACACGCAGAGGCAACCGUUAUUAUAACAUUUUAAGGCUAGUUUUUAGUUUGAGUUAAUCGGAUUUAGCGACCAUUUUGUUGAAGCAUUCUGUGUACCGAUGUGUUGUGAGUUAACUCAAAAGAAAAAUACAAGUAACUGUCAUUCAUAAUUUCAAAUGCCCAAUUUUCUCUGCAAUUCUUCAGUUAUAAACAUAUUAUGUGUGUAAAAACUGUGGGACUAAUGAGGAUGACAGAUACCCCCGAGAAUUACCGACGAUACAAUUAUCAAGACAAUAUGACGCGAGAGUUUUCAUCCUCUCACGAUGAGUACAAAGUGGCAUAUGAGCGGGAAAGGAAUCGUUACUCUUACGCGGACAAUAAUUUCAAUCCUCGGAGGAUAAAAACUGAACGCUCCAGAGAUCGUUCAGACCCGAGACGAGAGGAACCCGAAGAUCUGUCCCGAAUUGCAGGAUGUGAAAGACAUCACAGGCAUCACACCCCCAGAACCUCGAGUGCUGAUCCCAGACCCUCGAGUUCUAAUCGAGCAUCUCUGAGCGUUGAUCCGCGAUCCGAUGAAAGCGGGAGUAAGAGGUCCCACAAACGUCAUAAACACAAAUCGCAUGAGUCCCCCAGGGGAGCAAGAUGGGACAAAUGCGCUGACAACUUGGGUCGAGAGUCAAAGAGAUCGAGAUUUCAUUGUAAAAAGGAAAUGUCAAAUUCAUACUGGGGUUUUCCCUCCACUCAACGACCAUCGGUCAAGGUAGAACCCAAUGAGAUUCAAAUCGUCGAAUGUUCAAACAAUAAAAUGAGGACUCAAAAGAGGCGCAUGGCGAAGAAAUCAGGACCAAUGAAUGUCGAAUUGGUGAACCUGGAAGAGCCAUCCCCAGAACGUACAACCCCUAAUAUCCAUCCACCAGAGCCACCGACUUCCACAGAAAUGCCACCAUCUGAAUGGAUGCCACAGAUUUCAGUUGUCUCCCAGGAGAAUUUAUCGAUACCGCCUGUGCGAAAAUUUGAUACUGAGUUCAUGGUUCCCGAGGAUAGUGUUCAGCUGCCAGAUUCCUCUCAAUCGACUUUUUACCAGCCUCUCGAAAAUUCAACAGCCUAUAAUUGCACACCCCAGGAACACUACCACGUGCAGUACCAAGAGCAGUAUCAAGAGCAAUACCAAGAACUUGUCACAGAGGAGAGGCUUCCAGAACAGAUUAUUGAGGAGUUUGAGCGCAAACCAUUCGCUCAAUUUCCAUCUGUGCAUAUUCCUGAGGUUAGGCACACUGAGACUCGUCCACCUGAAGCCACCAGCACAAGUCACGAAAUUCAAGCAAUAUGCAAGAGCUGCGGUUUGACAUUCAUUCACACCUGCAAAUAUCAUCCCAGCAACGCCCAGAACGUCCAAUUCCUGGAAGCUGGACAGCUUCAUAAAUGCAAAUGCAGUGCAGUAUUCCUGCACACCCGUAAUUGUCAACAGACAGCGACAAAAUCCUACGUACCUGAUAAGAAAGAGACAAGCCUUAUUAAACAAGUUGAUAGAAUCCAUAAGUACGAGUGCCACGACUGCGUAUUCAAGUUUUCAGUAGAGAGAAUACGACAGACCAGUCACUAUUUCGAGAGUGUCAUACGUAAAGAUGGAAGCCUCCGGGAGAAGGGAAAAAAAAGUGGAAGGGACCUGACACCAAUGCUCAAGCACUCUGACGACAUCGCCAAGAGACGAUACGUCCGUGAGCCGCCUUCCGUACAAAAAGCUUAUGUGGAAUUGAGGAGAAAAUUGAUUUGCGUAUGCAAUCAGAGCUGCUGUGUUAUCUACCACGAAUGCCCACCAAAAAUCUCUGACCAAAUGGAUAGCGACAGUGAGUGAUCAACCAUUAUCAAUUGAUAAAGCAAAAAAAAA